AUGAAAAUCAAGCAACAUGAGUACAAAUUUGGUUCCGCGCAUGCUGAUAUAUCCUCGGCGACAACAUCAACUCGAAGAUUUAAUCGAAUGCAACUUUAUUCACAGCAAUCAUUUACAUUGCCAAAUACACUCAAGUUCGUCUCAUCGGGCCACAAUGAAGUUGACUUAACAAUGUUCAACUUAUGUGAAGAUUUGACAGAGAUAUGUUCCAACGUAUCGCAGUCGAAUAUCAAAGAAGAUUUUCUUCACAUGGUUCAAACAUGCGUCACGUCUUCAUUCUAUCUUUUACACGAUAUCAUACGGCGGCCCUCAACUGAUGACGGUGAUCAACAAUCAACAGCAGACUCUUCUACCGAAACUGUUUGGCAUGAUACAGACACUUCACAAUCACAGAAUAUUGAACCAAAUGAGCCUUGCGAUCCGUAUUUAUUUCGAGAUGAAGAUGAACUUAAAGAGAAUUAG